AGCUCGGGCUGGAUAAGGGCUCAGAGUUGCACUGAGUGUGGCUGGAGAGGCGAGACAGGAGUGGAGGUGCGCGGACUCUAGAGAGGCAGACAGACAGCAGAGUCACUCAGUCUGUCCAGCGGUCGACUCCGAGCUGCAAAGCUUUUGCUUUUUCAUUUUCUCACCAACUACCCAGAGCUCGCGCCUGUGGCUCCCAGGUUGGUGUCUGGGGGAGCGUCGGGAGAGCCCUCUUCUCCAGCUGCCCCCGGGAGGAGAAGACCGCUGUCCGGACGCUGCCGACAGCGCAGAGAGCGACGACUGUCCGCCGGGGUGGACGUCUGACGAGCGGCUGCAGCGGCAAAGAACUUUUCCUGACCGGGAAGACAGGGGACAAGUGAUCCCGCCGCACACACACACUCAACACACACUCACUCACAUCCCUCCUCAGGUCCCGGAGAGAACUUGUAAUUACUUUUGCAAAGCGUUCCCUCUGCUGAAGCUGCGCGGCGGCGGCGAGGAGGAAAAGGCGGAGGAGAGGAGGAGCGCGCGCUCCGCUUGGCUCGCGCCGAUCGCUGAACUUGAGCGAGUCGCGCCGCGCGCCCCGUCCCCCUCGCGGCGCCGGAGGGAACAGACGUCCGAGUCCGGGCGGCGGAGAUCCGCCGCCGCCGCCGCCGCCGCCGCUCGCCGACCUCCCCCGGGUCGGCGCCGACCCGCGCCCGCGCCCUGGGAGCCGCUGUCGCCGGGAAGCCGCGUCCGUCCUUGGACUCCGCCGCGCUCUGCAACAGGCUCCGUGAGUGACCGCGACUUCUCCCAACGCCCGGCCCCUGGGGGCGAGCCGGUGAGCGGGGCGCAGGGCGGGGGCCCUGCCUGCGGGGGGCGCGCGCGCUCGGAGAGAAACUUUUCCUUUGCCAGAGGCCCCGGGGAGACCCGGGUGUUCCUCCCGCCCCGCUUUGCCGACGCGCUGCUGCGGCCCCGAAACUUGUGUGCGUGGCCCACGCGAAGCCCCCACGAAGCCUCCGAGCGUUCUAUGACUGCAAAGAUGGAAACGACCUUCUACGACGAUGCCCUCAACGCCUCGUUCCUGCAGUCUGAGAGCGGUGCCUACGGCUACAGCAACCCCAAGAUCCUGAAGCAGAGCAUGACCCUGAACCUGGCCGACCCGGUGGGCAGCCUCAAGCCGCACCUCCGAGCCAAGAACUCGGAUCUCCUCACCUCGCCCGACGUGGGGCUGCUCAAGUUGGCCUCUCCGGAGCUGGAGCGCCUGAUCAUCCAGUCCAGCAACGGGCACAUCACCACCACCCCGACCCCCACCCAGUUCCUGUGCCCCAAGAACGUGACGGACGAGCAGGAGGGCUUCGCCGAGGGCUUCGUGCGCGCCCUGGCCGAGCUGCACAGCCAGAACACGCUGCCCAGCGUCACGUCGGCGGCGCCGCCGGUCAGCGGGGCGGGUCUGGUGGCGCCCGCGGUGGCCUCGGUGGCGGGCGGCGGCGGCGGCGGCGGCGGCGGCUUCGGCGGCGGCAGCCUGCACAGCGAGCCGCCCGUCUACGCCAACCUGAGCAACUUCAACCCGGGCGCGCUCGGCGGCGGCGGCGGCGGCGGCGGCGGCGGCGGCGGCGGGGCGCCCUCGUUCGGCGCGUCGGGUCUGGCCUUUCCCGCGCAGCCCCAGCAGCCGCCGCAGCAGCCGCCGCAGCAACAGCCGCCGCAGCCGCACCACUUGCCUCAGCAGAUCCCCGUGCAGCACCCGCGGCUGCAGGCCCUGAAGGAGGAGCCGCAGACGGUGCCCGAGAUGCCCGGGGAGACGCCGCCCCUGUCCCCCAUCGACAUGGAGUCCCAAGAGAGGAUCAAGGCCGAGAGGAAGCGCAUGAGGAACCGCAUCGCCGCCUCCAAGUGCCGGAAAAGGAAGCUGGAGAGGAUCGCCCGGCUGGAGGAAAAAGUGAAAACCUUGAAAGCGCAGAACUCGGAGCUGGCGUCCACGGCCAACAUGCUCAGGGAACAGGUGGCACAGCUUAAACAGAAAGUCAUGAACCACGUUAACAGCGGGUGCCAGCUCAUGCUCACGCAGCAGUUGCAGACGUUCUGAAGAGAGACGGUCGGGGGCUGAGGGGCAACGGAGAAAACAGUAAUGAUAAUAAUAACACUGAGAGACUGACUUGAGAACUGGACAAGUUGUGGAAGAGAGAGAGAGCGAGAGAGAGAGAGAAAGAGAAGAAGUGUCCGAGGACUAAAGCCGAGGGUAGCCAAGUUGGACUGGGUUGCGUCCUGACGGCGCCCCCAGGGAGCACGAGUGGGAAGGACUUGGCGCCCUCUCUCGGCCGCGAGCCAGGGAGCGGCCGCCUGCGGCCCGGGCCGCCCAGCUUUGCGGACGGGCGGGCUGUCCCCGCACGGACAGAACAUCAGACUUUUAACAUUGACCAAGAACUGCAUGGACCUAACAUUCGAUCUCAUUCAGUAUUAAAAGUGGGGAGGGGGGGAGGGAAGGGGGUUGCAAACUGCAAUAGAGACUGUAGAUUGCUUCUGUAGUUUCCUUAUGAACAAACACCGGGGGUUGGGGGCGGGGAGGCGGGCGGGAGGUUUGUGAGAGCGAGGCCAAGCCUACCUUCCGAUGAACUCUUCUCUGGCCUGCCUUCCUUAACUGUGUAUGUACAUAUAUAUAAAUAUUUUUUUUAAUUUGAUGAGAGCUGAUGACUGUCAAUAAACAGCUUCAUGCCUUUGUAAGUUAUUUCAUGUUUGUUUGUUUGGGUGGUCCUGCCCAGUGUUGUUUGUAAAUAAGAGAUUUGGAGCACUCUGAGUUUACCAUUUGUAAUAAAGUAUAUAAUUUUUUUUAUGUUUUGUUUCUGAAAAUACCAGAAAGGAUAUUUAAGAAAAUACAAUAAAAUAUUGGAACAAGUACCACUUAA